GAACUGCAAAGUUGCUUUCCUAGUAGUAAUUACUACUUGCAGCAAAAUUAGGUCACACGCACAAGCGCCGCCCAAACAUGCCAACGCGUGCAAACCGCAAGUGUCCCAGUCGAGUCUCUUUAUAUAAUGUGUCUGUGCUUCGUUCACGCAAAUCAGGACACGUCGUUUCUAUAAUGGGUCUUCUAUAACUGGUUUCUGAAAAAUUCCGUGCUUGAUUUCGCCGUUUUUGACACGCAAGGGAGCUUGCACGAUGUGCGUAGCAAUGCAUUGAGCUGCGUCAGCACGUGCGCAUUGGCGAAAUGCGGAGGGGCAGCCGGCCAGAGCGGCGGGAGGGGGGUGCCGACCUGCGUGGAGACCACGUGCGUGACAACCCCACCCUGCUGUUGGGAGCCUACGAGGAGAAGGCCCUGGCGCUGCUGGAUGACCGCGAGCGGUAUUUGGACACCCGGGCAUGCGUCUUGCCGGCACCAGACAAAUUCUUCCAGUCAGCGGCGUGGUCGCUACCGGAGAUUGUCCCCCAACGGACCGCGCUGAACGAGGCAAAGGAGCUAUUGGAUGACCUGGACAACACGGACUGGGACAAGUACGCAACCACAGCCAACUAUGCGGAGUACGUUCGGCGCGACUUACGUAAAUUGUACGGCGUGGAGCUGGCCACUGUGGCGUGGGCCAAGAUGUACGAGAUGAUUGUCCGCAACGACCUGCUGCCGCGGCAGAGCCCCGCGCUGGGGCCAGCCAGGAGGGAAGGCGGCAGCGGUGGCAGGGUUGGCGAGCGGCCGUGCGUGACGGUGCACCUCUGCGAAGCUCCAGGCGGCUUUGUGGCAGCCACCAACCACUUCCUGCGCACGCACCGCCAGGAGUGGGGCUGGGCCUGGGACUGGCUGGCGGUGUCAUUGAACCCCUACUACAGCGGAAAUGACCAAUUCGCCAUGGUGGAUGAUGACGCCUUCAUGCGCGCCACACUCAACCACUGGUGCUUCGGCGCCGACGACUCGGGCGACAUCCGCCGCCCGCACAACAUCCGGGCCGUGUGGGCGGAGGUGCGGCGGCGCUGCGCGGCAGCGGGCGUGCCGGGCGCCAUGCUGGUGACCGCGGAUGGCGCCAUCGACACAUCCAUGGUCCCGGCCGCGCAGGAGUUGGUGAAUGCCAGCCUGCACUUCACCGAGAUCGUGGCGGCGCUGGGCAUGCUGGCGCCCGGCGGCGCGCUGGUGUGGAAGGGCUUCACGCUGUUCGAGCACACCUCGCUGUGCACGCUGCAUCUGGUGGGCUGCUUGUUCGAGUCGGUGUCGGUGUGCAAGCCCUGCACCAGCAAGCCCUGUAACAGCGAGGUGUAUGUGGUGGGUCGCGGCUUCCGCGGCGUGUCAGAGGAGGUGCUGGAGCUGCUGUUGGCCAAGUGCGGCGAGGACGUGUUCGCCAGCGGGGCCAUGCUGCCGCAGGAGCUGUUGCCGCAAGGCUUGGUGGAGUCGGCGCUGGAGGCCACAAGCCACUUCGCCUCGUGCACCGCGGAGGCGAUUCGGGAUGCGCUGGACAAGGCGGGACUGCCGCCCAACGGGCCCACCUCCACAGCCAUCCGCCGAGCCAAGGAGCAAUUCGCCGCGGAAUGGUUUGCUCGCAUGCGCCUGCACCGGCUGGAGCGGCGCUUCUUCGUGGCACCACAUGAGGCCAUUGACGGCACCAACAACAGCACCAGCAAUGUGCUGGGCCGCCGCCGUGAGCUGCUGGGGACCCUCCAGGAGCGGCAGGAACAGUAUCGCCGCCGCCGCAACGACCUGGGGCUUGACGGCGGCGCCAUGGCAACAGCCGCGGCGCUGGCGGGGCAGCUGGGCAGCAGCUAUGGCAGCGUCUUUGGCGGCGGUGGCUGCGCUGGCAGCGGCGCUGGUGGCUUGGGUGGCCGGGUCGGUGUCAUCAGCGGCAGUGUGGGCGCCUACCACAGCGGCGGCUUGGGGCGACUGGGGCUCGGUGGGCUGUACGGCGGGGGGGACAGUCUGGGCACAAGUCCAGCCGACAGCUACGGCGGACGGACCAACGGUUUGGGACUGGGGUUCUACGGUGGCGGCGGUGGCCUGGGCAGCAGUCCGCCAAGGCGCAGCCUGGGAUGCGGGCUUCCCGCCUGCGGCGAGGCGGAAGAUGAUGACGGGUUAGACGACGAUGCAGCUGUUAGCAUUGACGGCGCCGCGCUCGGCCCGGGGUUGGGCUUCAUCGCUGCGCCCGAUGAGGACUGCAGCGAUGCGCCAACACCCAGACACGCAGGCCUGGGUAGCGGUGCUGCAGCAGCGCCGCCAGGUGCCUCCGGCAUGCAGGUGUCGGACACCAUUGCCAAGCUCAUGGCGAAGAUGGGGUACACCGAGGGGACGGGCCUGGGCCGUCAUGGCCAGGGCAUUGCAGCAGCAGUGCCGGCGGUCAGCAAUGCCGGGCGUAUGGGCCUGGGUGCAUCCGCAGGCGGCUAUGGCGUGCUCGGCGCGGCAGACACCGCUACAGCAGGUCUGGGCGUAGCCAGCAGGAGCGGACGGAUAGGCAGCAGCGACGUCAACGGCGUGGGGGCCCUGGGCCUGGGCUGGCGGGGUGAAGCGAUAAGCAGUGGCGAGGAAGGGCAGUCCGACGGCAGCGGAGGUACUGGCGAUGCUCCUGCCCGCGCUUGGCAGCUUGCGCCCGACGCCCAUGCGUUGGAGAACCACUUGCCUCUCACCCGGGGCGAGGUGGCGGCGUGGGCAGCAAGCACUGCUGCCGCCGCGACAGCCGUGUCGGCGGCGCAGCAGUCGGGCUGCAGCUCCACAGCAACCAGCAGCAGCAGCGCUUGGGGCGGCGCCAGUCUGGGUCGCCAAGCGCCACCCGCCAAACUGACCAAGUCCAAGUUUAUCAUCGACGAUCAUGUUCUGGUAGCGCUGAGGCGGGUGCGGGAGACGUACAGCGCGGCAGCCAUUGCGGCCGCAGCAGGGCCAGAAGCACCGUCAGCAUCCCUGGCAAGCCCCGCUGCAAAUUCAAUGCCAGCAGCAGCAGCAGCACCGGCUCAAACAACGCUGGAUGCCAACGGGUCAGGUGCCAGCCCCCAGUCAUCUGCUGCCGGACCGCCGGCUGCGGUCCCUCUGUCAGCGUCACCGGAAACGCAGCAUCAGGCUGCUCCGGCCCCGCCGCAGCAAGGCCUGCCGUCAGGGUUGCCAAGCAAGAAGCUCUGCCGGCACGUGGGACCCUGGUGUGUGGCACCCAGGCGGCGGGGCGCCGGUGGGGCCGGCCGGAGCUACUGGAAGCUGGCAUCCCUGGAUGCAGCCCUACUCUUGUGCCGCCAUGCAGCUGCUGCGGCAGCUGCUGAGGCCGGCUCUGAGUCGCGCGCGUUGGACUUGUCACUCCACAGCGCGGGUGCUAGCGACUACCUGCUGCGGUAUGCAAGCGAUAGCAAUGGCAGCAGCGGCGCCGGCAGCGGCGCUGACGGCUUUAAUAACGGCGGUCGCCCGCCAGCCACGGCCCGUAGAGCGUCCAGUGACGGGCGCACCAGUGGAAGCAGUGCCAGCGACGGUGAUAUAAGUCUCGGAGACAGCGAGGGCCGAAGUGACGGCAGUGACGUCGAGGGCGGCAAGCAAACCCGCACCAAGCCGCUGGGCGGCACACCUCAGGGCGCUCAGCCUGCCUCUGAUGGCACCAACGGGCUCUUCGCGGACGCUGCAGCAGCAGGAGGAGCAGCUGCCAAGGACUGCGCCUUGCCCUGGAACUGUGCCAUGCUGGCCACGCCAGCUGCCCAGGCCUUAUUGAGCCAGUUACCCGCGGAGCACAGGGGCCGGGUGAGCCUUCAAUCGCUGUCAACGUCCGGCGGCGACACGGCUAUGCCAACGGCGGACCCGCUCUCCCUUUUCACGCCGGACUCCGUCCGCAACCUGGUUCAGCAAUUGAAUGGACACAGCCCCGGAUCAGCUGAUUCUGCCGGCGACAGCAUCGCCGCUGCGGCUUCCGGGCGCAUCGGCGAUGAUGCCAGCAGCACGCACAGUGACAGCGGCGGCGGCGUGCACCUGGUGCUGGGUGACCUCAGUGGCCUGCGCCGGACGCAGUGUGGCUCGCCAGCCUCCUCUCAAGGGCUCAUGGAGGGCGAGUUUGACACGCUGUACCGGAGGCGGCUGCUGUGGGAAGCGGCGACCGCGCUGGGCGUGCUGCGGCCGGGCGGCUGUGCUGUGCUGCGGCUGGGUGACUGCCUGACCAUGUUCACCGCCAGCGUGCUGUACCUGCUGCACCGCAGCUUCACGCGGCUUGCCAUCGUCAAACCCUUCGCUUCCUGCGCCUGCUCGCCUGAGAGGUUUGUGGUCGGCAUCGGCCGCAUUGACGACGGUGGCGUGGCAGCGGCGCAGAUGCUGGCCGGCCUAGAGGCGGUCAUCGUGGUCGAGGCGCCGGCGGCACAGCUGCCGGUUGCCGUGCCUUGCAACUCGCCACAGCCGCCAGCCGCGAGCGGCGCUUCGUCGCCGCGUGAGCUGCUGCUGCAGGGCGCCUGCACUGCAGCAGCAGGGGAUGCUGGGCCCUGCAGCGGUUACUGCUCUCCGCCAGGAGCGGGCUCGUCAGCGGCCCCGGCUGUGCCGUUGCAGCCGUGGCCGCAGCCUUGGGGGCUUCUCCAUGUUCACAUCCGUGUUGCCGCGGACGGCAGCUGUGCGCUGGCGUGCGCCUACCAGGAAGCCACCAGCACCCCCGCUGGCAGCCGGAACACCUCGCCUGCACACACAUGCACGCCUGGCUGCGGUGACGCGCAGUGCGGCAGGGGCGGCCAGGUGCACCCCAUGGCGAUCACAGGCGUGGCGCCGCUGACCGUGUGCGUGGCAGGGGACUUCUACGUGUACCUAGCCGCCCGCACGCAAGACCUGGCGCGACGGCAGAUUCAGGCCUGCGAGGCGGCUCUCGGUGCCACCAGUCCAACCUCCUCGGCGCCAUCGCGAUCUGGAGUACUUGCAGCAGCCAGUCCAAGUGCCCCAGGCGCUGCAGGCGCCCCGACCGCUGAGGAUGGCAAGGGAAGCCUGGAGGAGGAGCGGUAUGAUGAGCUGGUGCGGCUGGCGGAGGCGGCGCUUGCUAGUGCGCGUAAGGCUGCUCAGCAAGACCAGCGCGACCAAGCGUGCAUGGGACCGGGAGUCGGGAGCGAUCUGGACCAAGCGCUACGCCGCAACUAUGGUGGCAUGUUUGUGCGGAGCGGCGGAGGCGACGGAGGCAGCACUCCGGCAGGGGUGGGAGUUGCAGCAGGGGAGAUAGGGCGCGGGAAAAGGAGCAGCGGCACUGCCGCCUUCGAGGUGGAUUCCGCGCCCACAGGGGCUGGUUUCGUGCGGGAGGGAGCCGUGCCGCGUGCCUUGGAGCCGCUGCCUGUGCCGGAGCUACGGCCACACCUGCUGGCUGGGCAGGCCGCAACCGAUGCAGCAGCUAUUGCCAAGGCGCCUGCGGUGAUGUGGCCAGACGCGUUCGGGGUGUGCGGCGGGCUGGGCCCUGCCCGGAUCGCGUUAGCAGCGGGGCCGCCUCCUUCAGGUGUAGGGUGGAGCCAUGUGCGGGGCGGAGCAGGGGGCCGCGCAGGCACAGAUGGACAGCGGGGCGGUGGCGCAGGCCCUACAGCCGCCACCUCUACAGGACCGGUGUCUGGGGCCGCUCAGGGCCGUUCGGUGCACCAGCACUCCGCCAGCGGCGGGUACAACGGUGGCGGCGGCGCCGGCGGGGCUGGCGCACGCGUCCGUGAGGGGCACGGCGGCGGUAAGCAGCCCAGCACCUCCCGCGCAAGCCGUGACGGCUCCUGGCGACAGAGCUGGUAUGGCGGCGGCAGCCCGCCGUCCGCCGCUUUCACACCCACUGGCUCCGGCGCCAACACGCCUUUUGGGACCAGCCCUUACAGCAAGAGCAGCUACUUCGGCCGCAGCCCUCCCGCAACGGGCAUGUAUGGCCGCAGCCCGCCGCCGCACUGCGGCUCCUGGCAGCCAGGCGCAGGACAGGGCAAGGCAAAGUUCGGUGGUGGCUGCGGCAAUGGGCGCGAGCUUAGCAGCAGCUUUGAUCGACAAGCCGGCGAGGCAGAUGCGGCGGAGGCUGGCGUGGGAGCUCGCGGCGGGCGACAAGGCUUUGGGGGGCGCAGGGAUGGCCCGUCGCCUGGGCAGCCCAGCGCCGCAGCAGAGGCACGCCAGUUGUCGGGUGGGAGCUGGCGGGCACGUGCCGGAGCUAUUGCCCCCACUGGGCCGGAUGAGGAAGGUUGGGAACGUGUGGGAGGACGUCGCCAGCGCGUCCAAGCGGCGUAGACCUAUUCGCCCGCAGCCCUGCCAUUAUUUAUGCAGGUCUGCUCGGCUUCAGUACAUGGUUGUGUGCGUGUCUUGAGUUGUGCCAAUAGCGUGUCCCCUAGCGUGCUUGCACAUCCGCGUUAAAUCCUGCUUAUUCUUUUGCAACGCAUCAUCUGUGACCAAGGGCCUUACGCCAUGGGACUGAGGUCAGUUGAUGAUGGACCUUGGACAGUGUGUCAUUGGAGUUGGAGUGAGGCGGGUGUGCGAUGGGACAGUGUUUAGGCAGGUUGGUGGAGUCCCGUUGGGUUCAGCUGAUGCCCAGACCCCAGCAGAUGGCAAACAGUUUGCAACGGCAGGGCAGGCGUGCGCGGCUGGUCGAAAGCCGGAGUGAGGCGGUGUGUGUAGAGGAAUGCGGAGAAGCUAGAGAGUAGCUUGAGGUUUGGAGGGGUCUUUCUGAGAUUCGCAGAAGACAUUUUAGGGCGUUUCGGGCCCAAGGCAAGGGUGACUCAGGAAACUCUAUCUACGGCCGUUUCCUGCUGGCACCAUGGGGGCACACCAAGAUAGGGCAGCCUUCUACUAGGGGAGUCAUUCCGUGGGUGGGUGAGCGUGAUGAGCGUGAGAGAGGGCGCUGGGGUUUGGCGUGGGGAUGGGCCACGUUUUGCCAUGGAGCCAUAGAGCCGGUGCUUUUUCAGCAACGAGGGUCUGUUGCCCCCGCACGCUGUAACAGGGGCACAUC